AUGAUGUUCAGAAAAACUGUGUCUUCCAGCAGGAGGAAGUCGCGCAAGGCACACUUCACAGCUUCCUCUGGCAAGAGGCGUAUCAUCAUGAGCGCCCCUUUGUCAAAGGAGCUGCGCCAAAAAUACAAGGUGCGCUCUAUGCCCAUACGUAAAGAUGACUCUGUGAUGGUUGUACGGGGUCACUUCCAUGAUCGCGAGGGAAAGGUAACCCAGGUUUACCGUAAGAAGUGGAAAAUCUACAUUGAACGUAUCACAACUGACAAGGCUACCGGUGAAAGCGUUCAAGUUGGCAUUCACCCAAGCAACGUAAUCAUAACCAAGUUGCGCAUGGACAAGGACCGUCACCGCAUCUUGGAACGCAAGAGUCAAGCAUCUAACAAGUCUAAGUACACAGAGUCUGAUGUGAAAGCUUAG